AUUUGGCGCAGAUUUGGCAAUUCUUAGCGAUUACUUUCAUGAUGGGGCUGGUGAAGAAGCCGUCCAUUCGAGAAUAUUGGAGUACCGAUGAGUUGAUUCAAACUCCGUUCUUUGCAACCGUUAUGUCUCGAAAUCGAUUUCAAGGCAUCCUGAGAGCUUUACAUUUUUCAAACAAUGAGAAUUACACAGGAAGAGAUCGUUUUUGCAAAUUGGGCAGCUUCAUGCACGAUAUUUUGGGCAAUUUCUCCAGUGCAAUAUUACCAGGCAAAAAUAUUUGCAUUGAUGAGACUCUUCUUGCCUACAAAGGACGAUUGUCAUUCCGCCAGUAUAAUCCUAAGAAGCGAGGUCGGUUCGGGAUCAAAAUGUUCGUCUUGUGCGAUUGUGCCCUCAAGUUCGUCCUGAAUAUCUUGCCAUACCAAGGGAAAUCUACUCCUCUAGCUGAUCGGACCUGGGUGAAGGAUCUCGGAUUUGGUGGCGCAACAGUACUCACUCUACUGCAAGGUUAUCUAAACAAGGCUCAUCGUGUCGUUUUGGACAAUUGGUUUCUGGGACCGAAAUUAGCCAAAAUAAUGCUCGCCGAAAAGACUUAUGUGCUGGGCACAGUACAGCGACGUCGGAAAGGGAUGCCGAAGAUGAGGGGGAAACUGGCCAAAGGACGUGUUGAAACCUAUUGUGAUGAUGAAAUUUUGAUUGAACGCUGGAGUGACAGGAGGGAGGUAUGCAUGUUGAACACUUUUGUCCCCCAUUCCAUGCGCAUUGCAGAGUCGUCCAAUCCGAGGAACACCAGGGAGAAACCAGCAACGGUGCUACUUUACAACUCAAUCAUGGGAGCUGUCGACAAUGUUGACAAGAGUAUCAAGCCCUAUCAGUCCGUUCGGAAAUCGUACAAAUGGUAUAAGAAAGUGGUGUUUAAUAUGAUCGAUGUAGCUACCUACAACAGUAUGAUACUGUACAACCACUUGCAUGCUGACCAGAGAGCUGUACCCUACAAAGAUUUUGUCAUGAAGAUAGUCAGAGAAAUUCAAGAAAAAUAUCCAACCCUCAAGAAACCAAUUAGAAGACCUCCAACAGUACCACGAACUGAAAAUCCAGCCUUUCCAGUUCGAUUGAAACCUUGUCACCAUAUUGCUGUCAAACACUUAGAUAAAAAUGGAACGCCAUCGUACUCUGACUGCAUUUAUUGCAAGCACCACGCUGAAUACUCUCCGAAACGCAAGACGACCCCUUUCAGCUGUGAGAUUUGCAAGGUUCGGCUUUGUAUUCAAGGAGGUGACUCUUGUUUCAAGCGGUAUCACACUGAUAAAAAGCUGAAGAAAAUCUCAACCACUCCACAAAAUACGCAGAGUCAGCCCCACACUCAAAUAUCGCAACCACGACUUCCCGAAGACAUUGAUACUCUGGGCCCAAAUGCAGUUCAAUUUAUUGUAAGUCCUAAUCAUGAAAUCGUAGUAUUUGGUGAAGAUGGAAAUCUGCUCACUGGUGCUCAAUUUUCGGACGAAUCAUCUUUGCCACCCAUUUAAAUUAAAUAUUUUUCAUAAUUAUGUUUACUCAUGAAUCGUAGUAGUUUUUCUUAAAUAUCGUUGCAUGUGAUAAUACGAACAUAUUCUGUUGGUUUUUUCUUGAAAAUAAAAUUCGGGUCCGUGUGGUCGGAAAAGAUUCA